AUGGGCCUCGAAUCGUCUAAACCGCCAAGUCCUGCUUCAUAUGGACCAAUAUUUUCAGUUCGUGGUCGUCUGUAUCGCAUUUUAGAUGUUCUUGGUAAAGGUGCUCAAGCCACUGUAUAUCGAUGUGAAGAUCAAAAUGCUGCCCAAUAUGCUGUUAAAGUUUUUCAUUUUUCACGUUUUCCUCGUUCUCAAAGAUCUGGUCGUGCUCGAAGUUUUGUCAAAGAAGCACGGAUUUUAAAACAUAUGAGUAAACGUUCACGUCAUUUUGUUCAUUUAUUUGAUUACGAAUAUAAGCGUAAAGGAAAGACAGGUUAUAUGAUCAUGGAAUUAGGAAAUGGUAGUUUAAGACAAUACUUAGCAGGAGCACCAUUAAGGGAUACAUUUCGAAGAAUGUAUUGGAAACAAAUUGUUACCAUCUUGAGAGAUCUUAAAGAUGCGAAUAUUGUUCAUGCUGAUAUCAAGCCCGAAAAUUUAAUUCUAGUAAAUAAUGUUCUUAAAGUAACCGACCUAGGUCUUGCUUUUCGGAUUAAUCCACCAGCACAGUCGGUUAUGCGAAGAAAAGUUCUUGGUACUAUUGAUUAUAUGGCGCCUGAAGUAUUUUCUCAUAAAAUUGGUUUCAAAUCGGAUGUAUGGUCAGCAGGCAUUAUUCUGUAUGAAAUGACCUAUGGUCGUCCUCCCUUCAUGAAUAUUCCUGGUAAACAACAAAAAGUGGCUGUUAUUGCAUCAAAGACACCUAUAUCAUUUCCUUCACAUAGAAAUCGUUAUUUAGUCGAUUAUUUUUUAAUCGAUACUUCGACAAAAAAAAUGUCGCAAACAAGUUCAUUUCCUUUCUUCGGUAAUAGUAAUCAAUAUCGCCCUGAUGGUAAACCAAAUACAUCAAAUAAAUUUAAUUUGAAAGCACUUUUUGAUUUUUCAACUUUACAACCACGGGUUCAAAAUCAUUUGAAAAAUGUCUAUACUUGUUUAUUGGGUGCAACUUUAUGUGCUACAUUGGGUAUUUAUUUAUCCAUGACAGGUUGGCUCAAUUAUCCUCGUUUGGCAAUGUUUGCAUCAAUAAUAACAAGUAUUUGGCUUUUUUCACUUGAUUUUAAUGGUCGUACACAAAUGAAAUGUUUUGGAUUAAUGUCUGCUACAGCUUUAUUUACGGGUAUUUAUUUAAGUCCAUUGAUCAAUUUGGCCAUUCAUGUCGACCCGCAAAUUAUCGUAACAGCAUUUUUAUUGACAACAAUUAUAUUUGUUUGUUUUACACUUAGUGCUUUAUUUACAAAAAGUCGAACUUAUCUAUAUCUAGGAGGUUUACUGGGUACAGGCACAUCUAUUAUGCUUUUCCUUAGUUUGAUGAAUAUAUUUGGACGUUCGCAACUUAUUUUCAAUGUUAAUUUAUACCUUGGCUUAGCUCUUGCUUGUGGAUAUAUUUUAUAUGAUACGCAAUUAAUUGUUGAACGAGCUAAUAAUGGAGAUAUGAAUUAUGUCAAACAUGCACUUCUCUUAUUUAUUGAUAUGGUCGAUUUAUUCGUUCGCAUUCUUAUUAUUUUACUUAAAAAUUCGCAAAAGAAAGAUAAGAAAAGCAACAAUCGUUAA